AUGCGGGUUGAAGCUUUGUUCUCCGUGCUGUUCGCGGCUGUGGUUGCUCAUGCAAAGUACAUCGUACCCGGCGGGCGAUGGCACGACACAGAUGGGAACCUGAUCAAUGCGCACGCCGGCGGCAUCACCGUCGAGCCGGAGACGGGGAAGUUCUACUGGUUCGGAGAGUACAAGAUCGAAGAGCAAGAGGAAGGCGGAGGCGUAACCGUGUAUAGCUCCGAGGACCUGGCCACCUGGACGUAUGAGGGUCUUGCGCUGUCACCCAUCGAAGGCCACCCGUACAUCUCGCCCGAGCACAUCAUCCAACGGCCCAAGGUCGCGUAUAGCGAGAGCCUGAACCAGUACCACAUGUGGUGGCAUGCCGACAACUCAACGUACGGCUGGCUGCUGCAAGGCUUCGCGACGGCCGACACGAUCGCGGGGCCCUACACCUUCGUCAACGCCACCGCGCCGCUCGGCAACUGGUCGCAGGACUUCGGCAUGUUCACCGACUACAAGGACGGCCGCACCUACGCGCUCUACUCCAACGGCGACAGCAAGGAGGGCCGCGACGUGUACCUCACCACCUUCAACGACGACAUCACCGACCUGGCGGACGUCGUCCAUCGCUGGGACAAGUUCGACCUCGAGGCCCCGACCAUCGUGCAGACGGAGAAGAGCUACUACGCGCUGAUGAGCCACAAGACGGGGUACCGUCCAAACAAUGUGGUGGCUUUCCGCGCGGAUUCGCUCGCCGGUCCCUGGUCACAGCCUUUCAUCGUGGCGCCGCUGAACACGCGGACUUUCAGCUCUCAAUCAGGCUUUUCGUUGCGCAUUGUUGGAGAAAAUAAAACCACCUAUCUUUAUCUCGGUGAUCAGUGGGACAGUAACUCUCUUUGGGAGAGCCGGUACAUCUGGCUUCCCCUCAACAUCGAUGACGAGAAAAAGACACUUGAAAUAGAGUGGCAUGACGUGUACGACUUGGAUGUCAAAUCUGGAGAGUGGAGUCCUGUCGAAGGAACCGCAUACUACGGAGUGGAUGCUAGCACGAGUGGAAGCGCUUUCAAGCAGGAGGCGAAUUUCGCCAGCCAGGGAACGAUAGUGACAGGAAUCUACGGCAACGAUAGCACCGUGACGUUUGAGGGUGUCGAAGGCACCGGGAAGGACCAAUGGGUCUCCUUCUAUUAUGAGAACAUCGACGACAUGGGCUUUGGAGAUCAGCCUGGCGGCUCUCCUGACCGCAUCGGCGGGUCUUGGCAGCUCCGACGCAUAAGCAGUGUCGUAGUCAACGGCGACACGCAAAACGUGCACACCCUCUACCAACGUGAUACGCACAAGGGGAUCAUCCUCUCCACGCCGCUCCUCCUCCCGCUCAAGGAAGGCUCAAACACGAUUACCGUCGGCGGACUGAGCAACGGUUUCGAUCUGAAGGGCGCGGACUUGGACAAGAUCGUCGUGUACCCGCCACAGGAGUAG